AUCCUAUUAACUGAGUCGCCCCGCCCGCGUAACGAAUCUGCGUCUAUUCAACGCGCCACUCACGCCUCCUGAGCCCUAGCUAGCCUCCUUCCCUCCGCCCCGCCCCCUUUCCCUCAUGGCCUAGUCGCAGCUUUCGCCGCCGUCGAUUCGUCAAGAACCCCAGACGGGAUUAGCUAGUGUAAAUGAGCGAAGAUGGAUCAGGAAGGUGGGGGAGAUGGGCAGAAAGCCCCAAGCUUCCAGUGGCGGAACUACAAGCUCAUCGUGGAUCCUGCCUUGGACCCUGCCUUGCGCAGGCCUUCUCAGAAGGUGUACCGUUAUGACGGAGUCCACUUCAGUGUCAACGACUCAAAGUACAUACCGGUGGAAGACCUCCAAGACCCCCGUUGCCAUGUCAGGUCCAAAAACAGAGACUUUUCCCUUCCAGUCCCUAAGUUUAAGCUGGAUGAGUUCUACAUUGGGCAGAUCCCACUGAAGGAAGUGACUUUUGCAAGGCUGAACGACAACGUGCGGGAAACCUUCCUGAAGGACAUGUGCCGAAAGUAUGGCGAGGUGGAAGAGGUAGAGAUCCUUCUUCACCCCCGUACUCGCAAGCACCUGGGCCUGGCCCGUGUGCUCUUCACCAGCACUCGGGGUGCCAAGGAAACAGUCAAAAACCUCCACCUUACCUCCGUCAUGGGCAACAUCAUCCAUGCCCAGCUUGACAUCAAAGGACAACAGCGAAUGAAGUACUAUGAGUUGAUUGUCAAUGGUUCCUACACCCCUCAGACUGUGCCCACGGGGGGCAAGGCGCUGAGUGAGAAGUUCCAGGGUUCUGGUGCAGCCACUGAGACGACUGAAUCCCGCCGCCGCUCAUGCUCUGACACAGCUGCCUACCCAUCAGGCACUGCUGUGGUGGGCACCCCUGGCAAUGGUACCCCCUGCUCCCAGGAUGCAAGUUUUUCCAGCAGCCGACAAGAUACCCCCACUUCCUUUGGCCAGUUCACCCCUCAGUCCUCCCAAGGAACCCCCUACACACCUCGGGGCAGCACCCCUUACUCUCAGGACUCCGCCUACUCCAGCAGCAGCACUUCAGCCUCCUUCAAGCCCCGGCGGUCAGAAAACAGCUACCAAGAUUCCUUUUCCCGCCGCCAUUUCUCAGCGUCCGCAGCCCCCACGACUGCCUCCACAGCCAUCUCUGCCACCACUGCAGCCACUGCCGUGUCCUCCUCUUCCUCCUCCUCAUCCUCUUCGUCAUCGUCCUCUUCCUCGUCCUCUCAGUUUCGUGGUUCGGAUUCAAACUACCCAGCAUAUUAUGAAAGCUGGAAUCGCUACCAGCGUCAUACUUCCUAUCCUCCACGCCGGGCAGCUCGAGAGGAGCCCUCUGGUGCCCCUUUUUCUGAAAGUACUGCUGAACGCUUCCCACCCUCCUACACCUCGUACUUGCCCCCUGAGCCCAGCCGGCCCGCUGACCAAGACUACCGGCCUCCUGCCUCAGAGGCCCCACCCCCGGAGCCCCCUGAACCAGGUGGAGCUGGGGGUGGUGGAGGACCCAGCCCUGAGAGAGAAGAAGCUCGGACCUCCCCUCGCCCAGCCUCCCCUGCCCGCUCUGGCUCCCCGGUUCCAGAGACCACCAAUGAGAGUGUGCCCUUCGCCCAGCACAGCAGCCUGGAUUCCCGCAUUGAAAUGCUGCUGAAGGAACAGCGCUCCAAGUUUUCUUUCCUGGCCUCUGACACGGAGGAGGAGGAAGAGAACAGCAGUGCUGGCCCAGGGGCCCGAGACCCUGGGAGUGAGGUGCCUUCUGGGUCAGGUCAUGGGCCUUGCACGCCUCCUCCAGCCCCAGCUAAUUUUGAGGAUGUGGUACCUACAGGGAAUGGGGAGCCAGGGGCCACCCGGGAGUCUCCCAAGGCCAAUGGACAGAACCAGGCUUCUCCAUGCUCUUCUGGAGAGGACAUGGAGAUCUCCGAUGAUGACAGGGGUGGCUCGCCCCCUCCAGCCCCCGCCCCCCCCCAACAGCCCCCGCCCCCACCUUACCUGGCCUCCCUUCCCCUUGGUUACCCUCCCCACCAACCUGCCUACCUCCUCCCGCCCCGCCCAGACGGGCCCCCGCCCCCUGAGUACCCCCCACCCCCCCACAUCUAUGACUUUGUGAACUCCUUGGAGCUUAUGGAUCGACUUGGGGCUCAGUGGGGAGGGAUGCCCAUGUCCUUCCAGAUGCAGACCCAGAUGUUAACGCGGCUCCACCAGCUGCGGCAGGGCAAGGGAUUGACUGCAGCCUCAGCUGGUCCUCCUGGUGGGGCUUUUGGGGAAGCGUUCCUGCCUUUCCCACCUCCUCAAGAGGCAGCCUAUGGUUUGCCCUAUGCUUUGUAUACACAAGGGCAAGAAGGCCGGGCGGCAUACUCCCGGGAGGCCUACCACCUGCCUUUGCCCAUGGCAGCUGAGCCCCUGCCCUCCUCCUCAGUCUCAGGAGAAGAGGCCCGGCUGCCUCCCAGGGAGGAAGCUGAGCUGGCAGAAGGCAAGGCCCUGCCAUCAGCAGGCACUGUGGGCUGUGUGCUGGCCACCCUCGUCCAGGAGAUGAAGAGCAUCAUGCAGCGAGACCUCAACCGCAAGAUGGUGGAGAAUGUGGCCUUUGGGGCCUUUGAUCAGUGGUGGGAAAGCAAGGAGGAGAAGGCCAAGCCAUUCCAAAAUGCAGCCAAACAGCAAGCCAAGGAGGAGGAAAAAGAGAAGACAAAGCUGAAAGAACCUGGCAUGCUGUCCCUCGUAGACUGGGCCAAGAGUGGGGGUACCACAGGCAUCGAGGCCUUCACCUUUGGGUCAGGGCUGCGAGGGGCCCUGCGGCUGCCUUCAUUUAAGGUAAAACGGAAAGAACCCUCAGAAAUUUCAGAGGCCAGUGAAGAAAAGAGGCCCCGGCCCUCCACUCCAGCUGAAGAAGAUGAAGAUGAUUCCGAACGAGACAAGGAGGUUGGAGAGCCAGGACGUCCGGGGACCAAGCCCCCAAAGCGAGAUGAAGAUCGAGGAAAGACCCAGGGCAAGCACCGUAAGUCCUUUGCUUUGGACAGCGAAGGGGAAGAGGCAUCCCAGGAGUCCUCCUCCGACAAGGAUGAGGAUGAUGAUGAGGAAGAUGAGGAAGAUGAAGAGCAAGAGGAAGCUGUGGAUACCACUAAGAAGGAGACAGCAGUGUCAGAUGGGGAGGAUGAGGAAAGCGAUUCGUCGUCCAAAUGUUCUCUGUAUGCCGACUCAGAUGGUGAAAAUGGCAGCACGUCGGACUCUGAGAGCAGCACCUCAUCUUCCUCAUCAUCUUCAUCAUCCUCUUCAUCAUCGGAGUCCUCCUCUGAAGAGGAAGAGGAAGAGGAGCAGGCAGCAGCCAUUCCCUCAGCCUCACCACCCCCCAGGGAUGUCCCAGAGCCCCUCCCGGCACCUGUCGAGGAGCCAGAGCCAGAGGGGGCAGCCGGCUCCCCCGUGGCACCUCUUCCUGAGCAGGAGAAGUCUCCAUCGAGGCCUGCAGGCCCCACCGAGGAACCCACCCGCAGUGUGCCCCAGCUGCCCCCAGAGCCACUCGCCGGGCCCCCCGCCCCUCCACCCUGCCUGGAUGAACGCCCCUCUUCUCCUAUCCCCCUUCUGCCUCCACCCAAGAAGCGUCGGAAGACCGUGUCCUUCUCUGCCAUGGAGGAGGUGCGGGCCCCAGAGCCGCCCCUGGCCGCCCUCCCACAGGCCAAGCCCCCCGGCGCGGUGUCUCGGAAAGGCCCCCGGGGUGCCGAGAGGACCAUUCGAAACCUGCCCCUGGACCACGCGUCUCUGGUGAGGAGCUGGCCCGAGGAGGUGUCCCGAGGAGGCCGCAGCCGCGCUGGGGGCCGAGGCCGCCCCGCUGAGGAGGAAGAGGUGGAGCCCGGCACAGACGUGGACCUGGCUGUGCUGGCUGACCUGGCCCUGGCCCCAGCCCUGGCCCUAGCCCAGCGCUCACUGGCCGCCCUGCCCCCUGGUGACGACUCGGAGGCCACGGAGACCUCGGAUGAAGCUGAUCGCCUGGGGCCCCCGCUCAGCCACAUCUUCCUGGAGCACAACUACGCCCUGGCUGUCAAGCCCACACCCUCCACCCCGGCCCCGAGGCCCCCGGAGCCCGUCCCAGCCCCUGCCGCCCUCUUCAGCUCCCCGGCAGAUGAGGUCCUGGAGGCCCCUGAGGUGGUGGUGGCUGAAGCAGAGGAGCCAAAGCCACAGCAGCAAGUGCAGGUGCAGCAGGAGGAGGGGGAGGAAGAGGAGGAGGAAGAGGAGGAGUCCGAGUCCUCGGAGAGCAGCAGCAGCAGCAGCAGCAGCGAUGGGGCCAGGGCUGGGGCCGGGGCUGGGGCUGGGGCUGGGGGUGGCCAGAGGCGCAGCCUUCGCUCCCAUGCCCGGCGCUGGCGGCCAGUGCUCCCACCGCCACCGCCGCCACCCUCCUUCGAGCCCCGAAGCGAGUUUGAGCAGAUGACCAUCCUAUAUGACAUUUGGAACUCGGGCCUGGACUUGGAAGACAUGAGCUACCUGCGGCUCACGUACGAGCGGCUGCUGCAGCAGACCAGUGGGGCCGACUGGCUUAAUGACACCCACUGGGUCCACCAUACAAUCACCAACCUGAGCACUCCAAAGCGCAAGCGGCGGCCCCAGGAUGGGCCCCGAGAGCACCAGACAGGCUCCGCGCGCAGUGAAGGUUAUUACCCCAUCAGCAAGAAGGAGAAGGACAAGUACCUGGAUGUGUGCCCUGUCUCAGCCCGGCAGCUGGAAGGAGUGGACACUCAGGGGACGAAUCGUGUGCUUUCUGAGCGCCGGUCUGAGCAGCGGCGGCUGCUGAGUGCCAUUGGCACCUCAGCCAUCGUGGACAGUGACCUGCUGAAGCUGAACCAGCUCAAGUUCCGGAAGAAGAAGCUCCGAUUUGGCCGGAGCCGGAUCCACGAAUGGGGUCUGUUUGCCAUGGAGCCCAUUGCAGCUGACGAGAUGGUCAUCGAGUAUGUGGGUCAGAACAUCCGCCAGAUGGUGGCCGACAUGCGGGAGAAGCGCUACGUGCAGGAGGGCAUCGGCAGCAGCUACCUGUUCCGGGUGGACCACGACACCAUCAUCGAUGCCACCAAGUGUGGCAACCUGGCGAGGUUCAUCAACCACUGCUGCACGCCCAACUGCUACGCCAAGGUGAUCACCAUCGAGUCGCAGAAGAAGAUCGUGAUCUACUCCAAGCAGCCCAUCGGGGUGGAUGAGGAGAUCACCUACGACUACAAGUUCCCGCUGGAGGACAGCAAGAUCCCGUGCCUGUGCGGCGCCGAGAGCUGCCGUGGCUCGCUCAACUGAGCGGGGCCCGGUCACUUGUCCCCUCGGUGCGCUGAGCUCCAGCACCCCGGCCUUAGUGGGCUCGGCGGGCCCAGUCGCAGGGGGGUGUGGGCGGGGCCUCGGGGAGCCGAGCCCCGCCCCGCCCCGCCCCGCCCCUUUUCUUUGCGGAGAAGAAGCUGUAAAUGUGUUGUAGUUGCCAGCAGCUGUUUCCUGUGGAAACCUGGGUGCCGGCCUGUACAGACCCUGUCCUUGGGGGCUGCAGCGCCCCCUUGCUUUGUGUUACGGGGGUUUCCCUUUGUGCCCCGCGUGCGCCCCUCCCCGGUUCAGGGGUCUCUAGGGGCAGUGGCCAUGUUCUUCCCGGGGGGCCUGUGCCCCCAUCCCGGGGACUCCGUGCCUGGAACCCUGCCUCAUCCUCCUCCCGCCAGACCCUGCGGUCACCCUCCCACCCUGUUGUCUGGGGGCUCCCGCCCAGCCAGCAGGAUGGUGGGGUGGGCCCUUGUCGGGCCGGGUUGUACAUAUGUUAAUAGUGCAGACUCCACCACAUUUUUAUAAUUGUGAUUAAACUUUAUUGUACAAAA